AUGUCGGCUCCAGGGCUCAGGAGGAAGAAGGAGCAGAGGAAGGAUUGGGCAGUCUACCUCGAAACAUCAAUUCUGCUAGCUCUCUUUUACUCUUCAACACAACUGAGAAUCUCUAUAAGAAAUACGUCUUUCUGGACCCCCUGGCUGGGGUGGUCACUCGCACUAACCAGGCAGCUGAGGGCGAGGAUGGGGAUCGGCUAUUUGAUGCACCCCUCUCUAUCACCAAGAGAGAACAGUUGGAGCGACAGACAGCAGAGAAUUACUUCUAUGUUCCGGACUUGGGCCAGGUCCCGGAGAUUGACGUCCCAUAUUACUUGCCAGACCUACCAGGAGUAG